ACGAAGUCACUAUUUGCGCACUACUGAUCAAUAACAACGAAAUAACCAGGAAUCGAUUUCUUUUGGACCGUGCCCAAUUACACAAUUUACUACGAAUAGCAUUCCAUUAUUGCUCUGUAUUCGUUGUACCAACGGGUCACACGGCCGGCAUCGGGGCUCUGCAGCAGGCUCCCCGCUGUCAAGGUUACCUAUUUUGGCGGCAAGUCACGACAGAACAGCCUAUGAUUGUGGGCUCCACUCAGCGCACCAGCUUCGUGUUUUCGAAAGUGAGAUUUGCCCCAUCAAUCCACGAAGAGGCAAUGGGAUCAACUAUUUGCGUAUGUAUGAAAGGAAAAUUUAAACACGAAACAUAAGACUUAAAUUUCUGUUCGGAUGUCGGCGGUGGUGAUAUUAUCUUUAGAAUCACAAUUUGAUUGCCUCAAUGGAGCUGAAUAAUCGCGCUCGACAGCAUUGGAUACAGGCACUAUUACAUGGUAGCAUCGAGCAUAUGGCGACGGGAGUCUGGGAGUUGUCUGUGGGCCCCAAUCGAGACACAGCGGCAUUAAGGAGACAGGCAAAAUUCAAGCUCAGCAAUAGUUGCUGCCGGGAUAGCAAAGUACCCACAUCACUACCUCAGCGAACCGCAGGCGCUGCAGUAGCGAAGCAGUACAGUGGUGAUACUGACGUUGAGAAAAUAGGAAGUGUUUUGUCGUACCACAAUUUCGCACUAAGAACACUAACAUGUACUCGACCUGACUCCGACUUUCAUGCCCGUCGAAUGAAUAAGUCUUUUCAGAACAACUGAAACCGGAAACAUCAGUUGACGAGUUCGUCAUGGCAUCCCCAGUCGGGCUGCAAAAGAAGCUGGUCUCGGUCGAUGUCCGAGUGAAAAAAUUAACCCUUGAUGUCAAAAGGUGUGAUAAAGCUAAUGUUUUGGCUUUACGGACCCGGGAGGCAUCUGAAUCAUUGCUAGAAAUGGCGUCGAUGAUACGUGAGGUCGAAACACUGGCCAGGGCAGCGGGUAGAAACGAAAGGGAUGACAUGAACAACUUGGUUGAGACCUACUGGACAAUGAUGCGCGAAAACCAGACUGCACUGCGAAAGGCCAUCGUGGGUGCCCAACACUCGAUUGAUCGACUCCAUCGAACUGAGCUGUUCCGCAGUGAAGAAAGGAGUAUAGAAAACGAACAGGGCAAAUCGGCCGGAAUCCGGCGCAGGGGCAAAAUGGAGAAAGAAUCACUUGUAAGACACUCGGCCAGUGUCACGGAUAGCUUGCUAGGCAUCUCACGUGCGAUGAAUGAUCAGGUAACAUCUUCGAGCGCCACUAUCGAACAUCUGGUGGACAGUUCGGCAACAAUUAUCGAAAGCGGUCAGGAAGCUACCAAAAUGAACCAAGAAAUUCAGCACUCAUCAAAACUUCUGACGAAGUACGAUCGGCGAGAAACAACUGAUAAAAUCCUGAUUUUUUUUAGUUUUUUGUUCUUUUUCGCCUGCGUUCUUUACGUCCUUAAAAAACGAGCCGGUAUUCCAUUCUCGUGGCUGUAUAUGUUUAUCUGAAGAAAAUUUUUCGAAGGACCGGCAGCUGAAAUUUUCACUGCCGCAAGGACAAGUCCUCCUUAGGCCUCGUCUCCAUCGGUCGAAUGAUAUAGUUAUGUAUUGUCCUGUUCAGCUGGGUGAUAAUGUGCCUAAUGAAGUAUUAUAUGAAUUGUGCUGCGAUGUAAAGUGAUGCUAGUUGCAUUUAUUUUACAUAAUGUAAGCCUGUCAUUUCGUGUGGUCAAGAAACCCCUUUCCUUUAGAGGUUAGGCAACUUUCAGGAGAAAAUAUAUGUGAAUUGAUUUGACGAAUUUGAAUAUGUAUUUGUCUGUACAACUGUUAUUAAAUGGAUCGGUGCUGUUAAUGUGACUUUAUCUGUUCAUCCCGACAAGAGAUGUUCUGAUAUACGGAGAAAAAACAUCCGCUUUUAGUUUGUAUAUAAUUGGAAAGACACCGUGGGAUAUGUGUACAUUUAAUGAUAAAAACAAGUGCAAUUUCAUAAAAGUCAAUGGACACGGAAGCGUGUAGCCCGAUGUUUCGAUGCACGUGUCUCUUCUUAAAACAUAUUUAAUAUAACAAAGGUUCGUACAUACGCUAAGUGUUAUAUCCAUUUGAAUCCAAUAUUAUAAAGUAAACUAAUUUACUGUUUGAUAAAAUCGA